CUUUCCCCUUCUUUCCCUGUUAACCGGUUUUUGUCUCGAAAGUGGUCUGGCUGGCUGGAAGGUUUUAAUGGGGGAAUAUUUUGCAUCGCGCUUUGGCAGGAAUGUGGAAGCUGCAGCCUUAGAAAGGGACCCAAAUUUGCGUGGUGGUGCCUAGAGAGGAAAAACCCCACGUUCCCACGGGUUGGGUAGGUGGGAGCCGCUUCGCUUUUGUUCCUCCGCUCUGCCUCUCCCGGAGCUCGCGUGUCGGGGGCUGUCUGUGUUUUUGGGGUGUGUGAAGUUGUCCUCCUUGUCCCCCGUAGAAAAACGCCCCGCGUGCAGCACCAGUUCCCAGCUAGAUCUGGAGAUGGACGCGGAUAAGGGGAAGCAACGCCAGUACUCUCAGAGGAUGGCGGAGCCUCGCUUCAACAACCCCUACUUCUGGCCGCCUCCUCCCACCAUGCCCAGCCAGCUGGACAACCUCGUCCUGAUCAACAAAAUCAAGGAGCAGCUGAUGGCAGAAAAGAUCCGGCCCCCACACCUGCCCCCCACCUCCGUGGCCUCCCAGCAGCCCCUCCUGGUGCCCCCCUCGCCCGCCGAAAGCAGCCAGUCCAUCAUGUCCCUCCCCAAGCUGCAGCAGGUCCCGGGCCUGCACCCGCAAGCUGUCCCCCAGCCCGACGUGGCCCUGCACGCUCGGCCGGCCACCAGCACCGUCACAGGGUUGGGGCUGGCCUCCCGCGCACCCGCGGUCAGCACCUCUGAGUCCAGCACGGGCACGGGCACCACCACCCCUUCCACCCCCACCUCCACCAGCCAGAGCCGCCUCAUCGCCUCCUCGCCCACCCUUAUCUCAGGAAUCACCAGCCCGCCCCUCCUCGACUCCAUAAAGACAAUCCAGGGCCACAGCUUGCUGGGGGCACCCAAGACGGAGCGGGGCCGCAAGAAGAUCAAAGCGGAAAACCCUUCGGGGCCACCCGUCCUCGUGGUUCCCUACCCCAUCCUGGCCUCGGGGGAGACCGCCAAAGAGGGGAAGACGUACAGGUGUAAGGUCUGUCCCUUGACGUUCUUCACCAAGUCGGAGAUGCAGAUCCACUCCAAGUCACACACAGAGGCCAAGCCCCACAAGUGCCCCCACUGCUCCAAAUCUUUCGCCAAUGCCUCUUACCUGGCCCAGCACCUGCGCAUCCACCUGGGCGUGAAGCCCUACCACUGCUCUUACUGCGAGAAGUCCUUCCGCCAGCUGUCCCACCUCCAGCAGCACACCAGAAUUCACACCGGUGACAGACCCUACAAGUGCCCGCACCCCGGCUGCGAAAAGGCGUUCACACAACUCUCCAACCUCCAGUCUCACCAGCGACAGCACAACAAGGACAAGCCCUACAAGUGCCCGAACUGCUACCGGGCAUACACGGACUCGGCCUCGCUGCAGAUUCACCUCUCGGCGCACGCCAUCAAGCACGCCAAGGCUUACUGCUGCAGCAUGUGCGGUCGCGCCUAUACCUCGGAGACCUAUUUGAUGAAGCACAUGUCCAAACAUACCGUGGUGGAGCACCUCGUGAGCCAGCACUCGCCUCAAAGGACGGAGUCCCCCGGCAUCCCCGUGCGAAUCUCGCUCAUCUAAGCAGGCUCUGCCUGCUGGCCGCCCUCCCUCCCGGCUCCGCUGCCAUCGGGGGGCCCCGCGGAGGCCGUGGCGCCACAUCCGGACCCCCCGCUCCGCUCCCCCCUGCCCGCCGAGCGGCCCUGGCAGCUUGGCGGGGAGCCGGCGGAUGCGGCCACGCUUUGGAAACGUGCCCGGGCCCCCAUGCCCCCGGUCCGGCCCCCGGGACUGCAGGUUUGGUGACAUCCAAAGACGGUUUCAGAGCACUUUGAAUCUCUGCGUUUUUUUUUUGGGGGGGGGGGCGGGGGGGCUCUUCUCCUUCGGUUAGUCCCUGCCCCGUCUCCUCUCAUUUUGGAUACAAAUAUAUAUAUAUAUUUAUUGGCCAAGAAGUUGGUGCUGCUAAAACAGAAAAGGAAAUAAGACACAAAACGAACCGCGGACCAAGAUGAGUGCCAGAUGGUGAACAGGGGCUCGGGCCCCCUGCCGCGGCCUCUUCCUCCCCUGGACUCUCCGUCGGAGCCGUGGCUGGAGAGGGGAGCCGGCAGGACGUGGCUGAGCAGGCGCGGCAGCAGGACGGGCACUGCGGCAGCCGCUGCCUCCUUGGGACGCUUCGGUUGGUUUUGGUUUUAUUUUUAACAACGUUUUCCCUUCUGGGCUCUCUCCUCCCACGCUGGACUCCGUCACCGGGAGCAGAAGAGGGAAGCGCCGGCCGCCGGCGGACACUGGGCGCAGGGCUGCGUGGCUUUGGGGCGAAGCCGGCGGGGGGGAGCCCUGCGCCUCCGCCGCCCCUGGCGGGGCUGGAUGCAGCCCCCGCUCCGCAGGGCACCGAAAGCGGUGGGAGGGCAUCGCUUUGCCUUGUGCUGGCCCCGGGCGCGUGUACAUAGACCCUUGUAUAGAGCCGGGGGGGCCCUGCUCCCUGCGGAGAGACUCGACAGAAACUCAUCUAUAUUAUGUACUCUUUGGUUCCGUUUUGGAUAUUAACUGUGUUAUUUUUUUAUACACUUUUUAAGCCUUAACUCAUUGUUUUGCCAGGGUGUUUAUUACCUUCUGUUUAUUAAUUUGAGUUCCCGCAGCCUUUUUCCCCCACCCUGUGUCCAUCCUGCCUCUGGUUCCUCGUUUCCGACUCGAUGUUGUACGAUACUCAAUAUUGUAAUCUUUUUUGUCAGCAUGUUAAUACUGUGUAAAUAUGCCUCUUAUACACACUGUUAACACCCCCCUCCCUCCCCCUGCCCUGUUUUGGGGCUUUUUUUAUUUUCCUCGAUGGAAAUCCAGGCCACACGUCCCUAGAGCUAGUUAUUACCUUAUUAAAAAAGGAAAAAAAAUAAAAGUGGGAAAAAAAAAGAAAAGAUGAGAAAAUUAAAAAAAAAAAAAUCCCUCCUCCCCCCUGUCUUGCAUUGUGGUUCACGGAGAAGCCGGGGGGAGGCCGUGGCCUCGCCGGGAGCGUUUGCGGUCUGUUGAAAAAUGAGUGAAACCCCCCCCAAACUGGCGCCUGUUUC